CUUAGGCAGACACAUCAGGAUACAAGGUUGUUGGUUUUUAGACAAAACAGGAAUCACAUUCUCCAUCAUCUGUUAAAUAAGAAUUGGUCCAGGAAAUAUUGUCAUCAAGAUACCAGGAUGCUCUGGAAACAUAAAGCACUGCAGAAAUAUAUGGAAGACUUGAGUAAGGAGUACCAAGCACUUGGUCAGUGUUUGCAGGAUAGCUCUGUGAAAGAAGGAGACCAAAGGUCUUUAAAGCAGAGGCAUGCUGAGUUGGCACCAUUCACAGCCAUUUACAAAGAAAUUCAGGAGGCUGAACAAGCAGUUGAAGAAUUAGAAUCAAUGUGUAAAAGUCUAAGUAAACAAGAUGAUAAGCACUUACAAGAACUUGUAUUGGAAGAAAGGCAAAUCAUUGAUCAAAAAAUCAAUACACUCUACAGUGAACUUUUCCAGAAUCUAGUGCCAAAGGAGAAAUAUGAUAAAAAUAAUGUUAUUUUAGAGGUGACAUCUGGAAGAACUACUGGAGGUGUUAUCUGCCAGCAAUUGACCCAAGAAAUAUUUGACAUGUACCAGAAUUAUUCAUGUUAUAAACACUGGAAAUUUGAACUGCUGAAUUACACAGCAGCAGAUUAUGGUGGACUGCAUCAUGCAGCUGCCCUGAUCUCUGGAGACAAGGUCUAUAAGCAUUUGAAGUAUGAAGGUGGGGUUCACCGAAGUCAGUGGAUCCCUGAGGUGGGCCUGUCCUCAAGGAUGCAGGGUAUCCACACAAGAACAAUGUCAGUUAUUGUCCUUCCUCAACCAGAUGAGGUAGAUGUGAAAGUGGACCCCAGAGAUUUGUGAAUAGAUACAUUUCGAUCCAAAGGAGCAGGAGGACGGCAUGUUAAUACAACAGACAGUGCUGUCGGGCUUGUCCAUAUCCCCACAGGGCUGGUAGUAGAGUGUCAACAGGAAUGAUCACAGCUGAAAAAUAAAGAAAUAGCUUUGCGUGUGUUGAGAGCUAGACUCUACCAACAGUUUAUUGAGAAAGACAAGUGCUGACAACAAAGUGCUAGAAAAUUACAAGUGGAAACAAGAGCCCAAGCAGAGAGAAUUCGGACUUAUAAUUUCACCCAGGGUAGACUCACUGACCACAGGAUAGCAUAUGAAGUUCGUGACAUUAAGGAAUUUUUAUGUGGAGAGAGGUCCUUGGAUCAGCUAAUUCAGAGACUGCUUCAAUCAGCAGAUGAAGAAGCCAUUGUAGAACUUUUGGAUGAAAACCUUAGAUCAGUAAAAUAA